UUCUUCUAUUGAAUUUAAUUUUUUAAGGUCACAAUUGGUGAGAAAUGGCAAAAUUAGGCACACAGAGUGGGGAAAAACUGGGAAAGAUGAAUAAGAAUAGUCAUUUGGGUUUCCGAAUAUAACGUCAGAAAAAAAAAUUUCACAGGUCUGGAUAUCAACUAGAGGAAUAUUAAAACCUCAAGUGUGUACCUGGAGGGUUCAUGGUUCCAAUUUUGGGCUAUGUGAAAUUGAUCCAAAAUAUUGAGCCAAAAACCUCGCCUGUUGGUAUAUAAAUGUAAUAGAAGACAAAAAUUUCCUGUACUCAAAGACUCUAGGUUUACCUCCACUGACGUUUGUCAAUUGUAAUUUAAGUGCUUUGGCAGCUGGCAUAGGAAUCUAAAGAAACAUUUUUAGUUCAGGUAUGGGGAAGUUGGGCUAUUUAAUGCAAUUUGCAUUCUUAAGCCUUGUAAAAUUUAUCCGCAUAUCUCUCAUAUAUUCCAUGCAUGUCACACAGAUUUAAAUGAUGCUUCUUUUUCAUGUUUCAGGAGCUUGGAGACAGAACCCGGACUUUUAUGGGCAAGUGAGAUGCUGUGAACUGUUUACCCACUAAGAACAUAGAAAUGAUAUCGGGGGAUCAUGAUCAGUUUGAGAGACAUGGGCAGGAUGAAAUGAAAAUCAACAAUGCUAAAAGUUGGGAGCCAAUCAGAUAGAAGUCUGAAAUAUUAUAUGACACUCAAUCAGAAAGUUCAAUGUGAUUUGAGACUGUUUAAGCAAUGGGAUUAUAUAACAAACUAGAGCAAAAUAGGAUGCCCUAACCUGGAAUAUUGGAUCUCAGGACUGAAAAACAAAAGCAACUGGAGGGAGUCCAGAAAAGAUCAUCUACAGUGAUGGUUUUAAAGCAAAAUAUGAACUUUAUAGUGUAGCCAAACCACAGAGUCAGACCCAAAGGGCAUGAUAAAAAUCUACAAAUAGCUUUGGGGUCUAAACACCAAGGAUAAAGAGGAAUUUUGGCUGGAGAUAUGAAAAGCUUCAAGGGAUAAAGUUAAGGAAAAGGAAAUUUAGGUUAAGCAUCAGAAUAUAUCCUUUGAUAGUAAGAUGUGUGUGUUUGUAGAACAGUCUCUCAAGGGAAUAGAAAGAAUACUGAUGAGUUUUCUAGGAUCUCUGAUAAGAGGAUAGCUUGAUGUCAGUCCAAGGAUUCUGGAACUUCCAUUGGAAUAUUCUUGUGCCAUGACCAGAUGGAAUAGAUAGCAUAAGAUGUUUUUUAAAUCCUAGAUUUCUACAAUAAUUAUCAUUGGGAAUGAAUAGUGAACAGAAUGUUCUGCUCUUUAAUGAAAGGUAUCCCAAGUCUUUGAUUAACUUUGAGGAAAAAAUUAACAAAUAUAGGCACUAUUUUCAGUAUCAAAUGCCCUAAUAGAGAAGCAAAGCAAAGUCUUAGAAACCUGCUUUUGAAAGCAUAUACAUUAAAACUAUUUAUUUCUUGACUACCAAUUAUAUUGCUUCUGAAGCUAGCUGAUGAAUUGUAAGAAGGAUUCUGGGAAGCAAUGUAACAAAACCAGCCAUUUUUUGAAAUUGGUAACCAAAACCCAUAGAUCUUCCUUAACUGAAUUUGGCAUAACCUGACAGUUGAUCAGAAAGGCCAAUGUGAGUUGAGUCUAUAUAAACAAAGAGAAUAUAUAACAAACAAGAGUUAAAUAGGAUGCCUUAAAUAGGAAUGAAUGAAUCCACCAUAAGCCACUAUGACUGCAAGGUAAACCUAAUAGCAGUCAGGUUGAAAAUCAAAAAAGUUUAAAAAAAAUCCAAAAAAAUUCUUACAAAGUCUUUCUAGAAGAACAUCAACAUCCCCUGCCCCAUGUAUUAAAAGCACACAUACUUACACUGAGUUUUUAAAAGGAGCCCCAGUCUAAUGUGAUUAAUAUUUAAAACAAUUUAUUCACUGUUCCCAACAAUGACACAAGUUUCCAGUUUCCUGGAGGGUCAGGAACACUUGGAAACUAGAUGAUGAAUUAACUGGCAUGUGUCUGCUCCAAGCCCUAGGAGUGCUAAUAGAAGAAUCCCUCUGCUGGUUGGCUCUCCAACACCCAUGACCAAGAAUGUAUGCCCUUGUGCCUGGGGGCAUUCAUACUAGCCUAUACAGUCAUGGUAGGGGUGCAUUUGCUACCCCAUGGUUAUCAUAUGGGGUUAGAGAAAUAUAUAAAUCAUCAAAUACAAUCAUCAAGUUGCUCACCCCCCUUGAGUUAUAAGUGAUUCUGUGAAGUGACUCUGUUAACCAUCUACCCCGAAUGCCAAACUCCACUGAGGCAUAACCAUGCAAUGAGGCAUAACCAUGCAUUGGUAUCCCAGUGGUAGAGACAUUAAGUGUUUCCAUUACCAGUGAUAAAUUACACAGUUUUGUUACUAAAGAAAGGGCAGACAAGACCCACACACUUUUACUUCUAAUGUGACUUGUAUGAGGAGGGAAGAAAGCCAAUGCCAGCAAGCCCCCAAAUGUAACUUGGCCUGGGUGUAGUUAGGCAGGGGAGCAAGAGCUCUUUUUAAACACUGUGCCUGUCAGCAGCACACCUGAUUGACAGCCGCUGAAAAUAAGAAGCUCAGGGUGAGAAGAGCUGGACAGCGAUGGGGGAUGGGAAACUAGAAUCGAACUCUGUCUUCAGACAGCAGAUAGCUCAUUAAAGCUACCGGAAAAAAAAUCUCUAAGGGUGCAGUCUGUCCGGCUGCGUUUACAAAAAACGAGUACAGCCAAGACCUGGGAGCCCGACGCCCUUUGUGGAGACAACGAAUUCUCCUAAUUAGAUUUCAUGACGUACCUCCUCCAAAAUAGCUGAACACCUAGGAACACCAAACAGGCUUUUCUAAGAGUCAAAGUAAAUUAACUUUUCCCCUGAAUAUGUCAUAGGGAAUAAAGGAAGUCUUCCAGAAUCAAACUUGGACAAUUCUGGUAGAUAUGCAAGAGGAAUGUUCGUGUCCAACAUCUGUAUUUAUAAUUUCAUUGUAUUUUUUCUCCAAAAUAAAAGAAAUGGUAAAGUCACCUUUACAUUUGUAUAAAAUUAUCUUCAUCCCUAAGUGAUAAAAGAGGACACAAACACAAAGUAGACAUUUCCAACAUGCUGUCUGCUCCCUGCUGAGAUGGUUGUAAGUUGCAUUGCAAAGCUUAACUGUUACAUCAAAAAGCCCUCCAAGAGAGCGAGGCUUUGCGCUUUAUAGAUUCCAGGGGUCCGACAGCGGGAGAAGCUGCUUUCAGACUCAUCUUGCCGGGAAGAUUGAUUUCCCCAGCGUUCUCCAGCUUCCCAGGACUGUGGCCACCGCGCUGAGACCGGAGGCGUCCCAGAGCGGGACGCGGAGACAGAUCGCUUUGUGAGCGCCAAUCUCUGCAGCCUCUGGGCUGAAGCUGCGCCCGGCGCCUGCCCCCUACCCGGCCUCACUCAGCCCUCCUCCUAGAGCACGUUUCCGCACGUGCUCAGGACCCCUUCCACGGCAAAGGCUCCUCCCCCUCCACUUUCUUAGUAGGUCUCCAUCUCCAGCUCAUUCAUCGGCAGCCACUGCUUUUAGACAGUCUCCUAUCUAUCCUUCCUUUUUAAAAACAAAAACAGCCGGGACGGGGCGGGGUGGGGAGGGCGCGGGGAGAAAAAGCAGGAGAUUUAACUCCAACUUCAGAGCAAUCGUCCCCGGCUGCCCAUCUGACACCAGUGGGUGGGGUGCAAUCUGACACUUCCCUUCCUUUCCAGAAACGUGAGUGGAGCUGGCGCGACCCUUGAUCUGGGGGUGGGGAGACCGGGGAGAAGGUCCGCACUUCCGUCCUCACGACUUUCUCCCCAGGAGACCCGGUAUCAGUGGCGAGCUGCCUUCUCUCCUCGCCGCUUGCAGGUUUGGCGCCUGGAAAACUCUUCACGUUCUGCUUUCUCCUGCUCCUGGCUCCGCCCCAGCUCCAGCCCCGGCAUUCCUCCAGCUCUACAUGUCCUGGCCGCCCCCUUCCCGCUGCCUCUAGAGCGAGCGUACGGGGUCAUCUCCGCGUCUGCCCUGGGCCCAAGGCUGGGCUGCGAAUAGCGUGUUCCUCUCCGGCGGAACACACACACCCGGCCUUGGGGCUGUCUCCUGAGCUCCCUCCUCCACGGAGAGCGCUGAGCGCCGCCGGGAAUUCCAUCCCACCGUGGGCACGCAGUCUUUGGAGGUCCCGGGCGCAGCACGCUCGGUGUCCCCACACUGCAGCAAGACAGAGACCCCGCGGGAACCUUGAGCUUGGAACCACCCUUGAGCCUCUCCAGUCGGAAGAGUGGGCGCAGCAGCCCAGCGGAGGCCAGGCGCGCAACCUCGGGCGCCGGGGCAAGGAGAGAGUGCAGGGAGGCGCAGCUCAGGCGCCCGGCUCAGGAGCGGGAGGAAGUUCUCGCGGCGCCGGGAGCGCGGUGGACGCGCCCUGGGCGCACGCCCAGGCAGCCUCCUCCCUAGCCCUCAGGACCGUCCUCGGGCCGCAAGGAGGAGCUUGCUGGAGUCUUAGAGGCCGUCCAGAGCCAGCGAGCAGGAGCGCUGCGUCUCCCGCCUCAGCUAGGAAGGGGGAGUGGCGCUCGCAGGCUGGAGCUGGGAACCCAGCGAGCGCCUGACCUUCCUCCUCCUCUUCCUGACCCUCUUCGCGUCUUGGGCUCCGGAGGAAGGUUCUAGCGGCUGCAGGAGGUCCCCAGACCCAUUUUCCUAGAAGGCUGGUGAUGGAUCUGCUGCUCCUGCCGCCGCCGGGGCACUUGGAGCGCACCGGCGGCGCGUGAGCUGGGCUUUGCUCUCCACCGCCCUGGGCAAACCCCGGGCCAGCCCCGCCUGGCACCUUUGCCUGAGUCCCUUUCCGUUCCCGACCCAAAGCCACCAGCGUCCAGGGAGGGAGGAGGAGGUGGUCCUCAGGUGCAGCCCCGCCGAGAUGUCCGCGCAGAGCCUGCUCCACAGCGUCUUCUCCUGUUCCUCGCCCGCUUCAAGUAGCGCGGCCUCGGCCAAGGGCUUCUCCAAGAGGAAGCUGCGCCAGACCCGCAGCCUGGACCCGGCCCUGAUCGGCGGCUGCGGGGGUGGCGAGGCGGGCGCGGAGGGCAGUGCGCGGGGACCCACGGCGGGCCGCCUCUACACCCCAUCACUCCCAGCCGAGAGUCUCGGCCCUCGCUUGGCGUCCUCUCCCCGGGGUCCGCCCCCCAGGGCCACCAGGCUACCGCCUCCUGGACCUCUUUGCUCGUCCUUCUCCACACCCAGCACCCCGCAGGAGAAGUCACCAUCCGGCAGCUUUCACUUUGACUAUGAGGUUCCCCUGGGUCGCGGCGGCCUCAAGAAGAGCAUGGCCUGGGACCUGCCUUCUGUCCUGGCCGGGCCAGCCAGUAGCCGAAGCGCUUCCAGCAUCCUCUGUUCAUCCGGGGGAGGCCCCAAUGGCAUCUUCGCUUCUCCUAGGAGGUGGCUCCAGCAGAGGAAGUUCCAGUCCCCACCCGACAGUCGCGGGCACCCCUACGUCGUGUGGAAAUCCGAGGGUGAUUUCACCUGGAACAGCAUGUCAGGCCGCAGUGUACGGCUGAGGUCAGUCCCCAUCCAGAGUCUCUCAGAGCUGGAGAGGGCCCGGCUGCAGGAAGUGGCUUUUUAUCAGUUGCAACAGGACUGUGACCUGAGCUGUCAGAUCACCAUUCCCAAAGAUGGACAAAAGAGAAAGAAAUCUUUAAGAAAGAAACUGGAUUCACUAGGAAAGGAGAAAAACAAAGACAAAGAAUUCAUCCCACAGGCAUUUGGAAUGCCCUUAUCCCAAGUCAUUGCGAAUGACAGGGCCUAUAAGCUCAAGCAGGACUUGCAGAGGGACGAGCAGAAAGAUGCAUCUGACUUUGUGGCUUCCCUCCUCCCAUUUGGAAAUAAAAGACAAAACAAAGAACUCUCAAGCAGUAACUCAUCUCUCAGCUCAACCUCAGAAACACCGAAUGAGUCAACGUCCCCAAACACCCCGGAACCGGCUCCUCGGGCUAGGAGGAGGGGUGCCAUGUCAGUGGAUUCUAUCACCGAUCUUGAUGACAAUCAGUCUCGACUACUAGAAGCUUUACAACUUUCCUUGCCUGCUGAGGCUCAGAGUAAAAAGGAAAAAGCCAGAGAUAAGAAACUCAGUCUGAAUCCUAUUUACAGACAGGUCCCUAGGCUGGUGGACAGCUGCUGUCAGCACCUAGAAAAACAUGGCCUCCAGACAGUGGGGAUAUUCCGAGUUGGAAGCUCAAAAAAGAGAGUGAGACAAUUACGUGAGGAAUUUGACCGUGGGAUUGAUGUCUCUCUGGAGGAGGAGCACAGUGUUCAUGAUGUGGCAGCCUUGCUGAAAGAGUUCCUGAGGGACAUGCCAGACCCCCUUCUCACCAGGGAGCUGUACACAGCUUUCAUCAACACUCUCUUGUUGGAGCCGGAGGAACAGCUGGGCACCUUGCAGCUCCUCAUAUACCUUCUACCUCCCUGCAACUGCGACACCCUCCACCGCCUGCUACAGUUCCUCUCCAUCGUGGCCAGGCAUGCCGAUGACAACAUCAGCAAAGAUGGGCAAGAGGUCACUGGGAAUAAAAUGACAUCUCUAAACUUAGCCACCAUAUUUGGACCCAACCUGCUGCACAAGCAGAAGUCAUCAGACAAAGAAUUCUCAGUCCAGAGUUCAGCCCGGGCUGAGGAGAGCACAGCCAUCAUCGCUGUUGUGCAAAAGAUGAUUGAAAAUUACGAAGCCCUGUUCAUGGUUCCCCCAGAUCUCCAGAACGAAGUGCUGAUCAGCCUGUUAGAGACCGAUCCUGAUGUCGUGGACUAUUUACUCAGAAGAAAGGCUUCCCAAUCAUCAAGCCCUGACAUACUGCAGUCGGAAGUUUCCUUUUCCGUGGGAGGGAGGCAUUCAUCUACAGACUCCAACAAGGCCUCCAGCGGAGACAUCUCCCCUUAUGACAACAACUCCCCAGUGCUGUCUGAGCGCUCCCUGCUGGCUAUGCAAGAGGACGCGGCCCCGGGGGGCUCGGAGAAGCUUUACAAAGUGCCAGGGCAGUUUAUGCUGGUGGGCCACUUGUCAUCGUCAAAGUCAAGGGAAAGUUCUCCUGGACCAAGGCUUGGGAAAGAUCUGUCAGAGGAGCCUUUCAAUAUCUGGGGAACUUGGCAUUCAACAUUAAAAAGCGGAUCCAAAGACCCAGGAAUGACAGGUUCCUCUGGAGACAUUUUUGAAAGCAGCUCCCUAAGAGCGGGGCCCUGCUCCCUUUCUCAAGGGAACCUGUCCCCAAAUUGGCCUCGGUGGCAGGGGAGCCCCGCAGAGCUGGACAGCGACACGCAGGGGGCUCGGAGGACUCAGGCCGCAGCCCCCGCGACGGACGGCAGGGCCCACCCUGCGGUGUCGCGCGCCUGCAGCACGCCCCACGUCCAGGUGGCAGGGAAAGCCGAGCGGCCCACGGCCAGGUCGGAGCAGUACUUGACCCUGAGCGGCGCCCACGACCUCAGCGAGAGUGAGCUGGAUGUGGCCGGGCUGCAGAGCCGGGCCACACCUCAGUGCCAAAGACCCCAUGGGAGUGGGAGGGAUGACAAGCGGCCCCCGCCUCCAUACCCGGGCCCAGGGAAGCCCGCGGCAGCGGCGUCCCGGAUCCAGGGGCCCCCGGAAAGCGUGGGGACAGCCACGGACCAGGGAGGCCAAGCAGCCGAGCGAGAGCAGCAGGUCACGCAGAAAAAACUGAGCAGCGCCAACUCCCUGCCAGCGGCCGAGCAGGACAGUCCGCGCCUGGGGGACGCUGGCUGGCUCGACUGGCAGAGAGAGCGCUGGCAGAUCUGGGAGCUCCUGUCGACCGACAACCCCGAUGCCCUGCCCGAGACACUGGUCUGAGCCCGCACCCAGCCGAGCCCCCCCUGCCCCGAGCCCCCCGCCCUCCAGCCCAGGGGGGAACGUGGGUGGUGGCCACUGGCACACUUAGUGUUCUUCUUUCACACUUCUCAAAAGUGACACAUGAGAAAUCCAGUUCACCUACAGAGGUAGAGCACUCACGCCCCCGCCAUUGAGAAUAAGGUUCCAUUGCGUAGCCAGCCUUAGGAAAAACAAACAGAACCCAAACCAGAUGGCAAUGUCCAAUCUAAAAACGUCCCUCUUGGCUCUAUAAUAUAAGAUACAACUCUUGCUUGGUAUAGCCUAACCGUAUUUAUGUGUCUUCGGUUUUGACUAUUGUGUAUUCUGUAACAGAUUAUGUAUAAUCAUAUAUGAUAUAUUCACAAAGAGAAAACAAAAGGAACUUUUUUAAAAAAAUCACUUCACUUAUAUUAAGCAAUGAGAUAUACUAAACAAUGAGAUUCUAUAGAAUGUUCUAGAAUGUGCACAAGCGGGUUUCUGUGCUUUUGCCAUAGCUUUAUAACUGGGGAUAACCCUUCCUUCGAUACCAAACACUAACAAGAGGAAGCAGAAUAUGAGAAGCCAUAUUUUUACAUAGGAGUCAGAUACAAAAAGAAAAAUCACUGAAUGCUUUUAGAUAUUGAAUACGUUUUCAGGAAAAUGCUAAAUCUGAUAGAUUACGAAAUAUAUUUUUAGAACUUGUUUAGAAAGGAUUCAGUUAACCAAACAAGAAAAAGGCAGUGCCUCACGAAGAAAUUAAGAAGUUGUCCGUCCCACGUUACAUCAAAUUCAGUUUUAUAUAGGCCAUAUAUAAUAUAUAUUUAUAAUGUAUAAUUUUUAUGUAUUUUUCAAAACUACAAACUGGAAUCCAACUAUAAAGUGUUUAAGAAUCUACAUAGAAUAUUCAAAUUAUAGAACGUUUUUUCCCUUUGCCCCAUAAUCAGCAUUUGCCAAAUUACAUGCAAUUCCUUAAAAACUAAAUCACAUUUGGUAAAAGGCCUACAGCUUUGUACUUACAUUGUGCCAAAGGCUGAGGAAAUGUUUUCUUUCGUAAUUUUAUGUGUAUUGUAAAAUGUUCUACCGUAAUUUAGUAGUUUGAAGUUUUUCAAGUGCAUAACUAUUUUUGACCAGCAGACGGCGAUACGCUUCAGUAUUUUAUGCAAUUUUUUUUUCACUUCUGAAGGGAAAGUGUAUUAUAAAAAAAGACUUUUUUUUUUUUUUUAUAAAACAUGCUACUUUUAAUUUUCAUGUUGGUGAUGAAAUUUCCAGUGGUGUUUCUUAAGGUUCUAUCUUGUGCCAUGAUGAAUAAAAAGUUAAGCAAA